CAAACGUAAAACGCACAUAACAACGGGAGACAAGAUGUCCCUCACCGUCAAGAACAUUUCUGUAGUUUUCAAUCCUAUAAAUCAAAACAAUACCUUCACCAAUGGAGAUUUUAUAUCGGGACAAGUUAUUCUAGAUGUUGCGAAGGACACGCAAAUGCAGUCUUUAAGUAUCAAAAUUAAAGGCAAGGCAGAAGUCCUCUGGUGCGAGCGACAUGGUAACACCACUGUUGUUUACUCUGACAAGGAAAAAUAUUAUUCAAUGGAGCGGUUCUUCGUUCGGGACGACCACAAACAUGGCAAAGACUGUGAAAUGCUGAAAGAUCCUUCAGGACAGCCUUAUAGCUCAGUUGUGGCACCAGGACAUCAUGUUUAUCCAUUCAUCUUCCAGUUGCCUCAGCAGAACUUCCCACAAACUUUCAAAGGUAGAGAUGGUAAAGUUCUCUACACUUUGCAGACAAAACUGGCUAGAUCAAUGCGUGUUUCUAGCAAAGCUAAAACUGAGUUCCACUACGUGCCCAGACCUGAUCUCUCCAAUCUUGAACUAAUGGCACCUCAGUAUGGAACCAAAGAUAAGCAAAUGAAACUCUUUACCUCUGGGAGUGUCUCUAUGAACAUAAACACUGAGAAAAUGGGAUACUACCUAGGAGAGGGGUUGAAAGUUUUGGCUGAAGUUCAGAACAAUUCAUCCCGGGCUGUCAAGCCAAAAUACUGUCUGUAUCAAAAACACAGUUUUUUUGCAAGAGGCAAGAGAAGAGUUCACACAAAUGAACUUCUUAAAGAGGAGGGGGAACCCAUCGAGCCAAACACAAAGAAAAAUUUCACCAAAGUGCUGACCAUUCCACCUAGCCUUACCGCCUCUACCCUGAACUGUAGAAUCCUUAUGAUUGAGUACAGACUCCGGGUGUACCUGGAUGUGCCGUAUGCCUCUGAUCCAGAGAUCAAAUUCCCAAUUGUUAUUCUUCCUCUUCAGACUGCCUCAGAUUCAAAGGGUCCCUCAAACAAUGACUUUGGAAUUUUGAACCAACAAGCAGGAGGCAAUGCGUACCCCAAUCCACCUCCACUGGCUUCAUCAGCCCCACCACCUAAUGUGGCUGGACCUCCUGGUCUGUUUGGGGCCCCUGGCUGCUAUGGGCCUCCUCCUGGUCAGUUUGCUGCCCCUGCUUACUCUGGACCUACUGGCCAAAUUGCUGCCCCUGCUUACUCUGGAUGUCCUGGUCAAAUUGCUUCCCCUGCUUACUCUGGACCUCCCGGUCAAAUUGCUGCCCCUGCUUACUCUGGACCUCCUGGUCAAAUUGCUGCCCGUGCUUACUCUGGACCUCCUGGUCAAAUUGCGGCCCCUGCUUACUCUGGACCUCCUGGUCAAAUUGCGGCCCCUGCUUACUCUGGACCUCCCGGUCAAAUUGCUGCCCCUGCUUACUCUGGACCUCCCAGUCAAAUUGCUGCCCCUGCUUACUCUGGACCUCCUGAUCAAAUUGCUGCCCCUGCUUACUCUGGACCUCCCGGUCAAAUUGCUGCAACUGGUUACCCUGGACCUCCAGGUCAUUUUGGUACCCCAGGUCAACUUGGUCCUUCAGUUUCAAAUUCAAAGUCUGACUCAUCAGCUCCACCUCCUUAUCAGGACUAUUGGUUAUAUCCAAAGAUGCCGGAUGGCCCUGAAAAUGCUGGACUGCCCCCAAAAUCUUGACAAAAUUACUUUUGUCAUUUAUUAUUUGCUAAACCAGUUAGAGCUGUUUGUUUUGUGUAAAGAUUAGUUAGAACAAUUCAUAUUAAUUUUUUUUUAAGUGAUGUUACAUUUUAAUAAGCCAAAACAUAUGAUUAUAUACAGUGCAUCCGGAAAGUAUUCACAGCGCUUCACUUUUUCCACAUUUUGUUAUGUUACAGCCUUAUUCCAAAAUGGAUUAAAUUCAUUAUUUUCCUCAAAAUUCUACAAACAAUACCCCAUAAUGACAAUGUGAAAGAAGUUUCUUUGAAAUCUUUGCAAAUUUAUUAAAAAUAAAAAAUGAAAAAAAAAUCACAUGUACAUAAGUAUUCACAUUCUUUGCCAUGACAAUCAAAAUUGAGCUCAGGUGCAUCCUGUUUCCACUGAUCAUCCUUGAGAUGUUUCUACAAUUUGAUUGGAGCCCACCUGUGGUAAAUUCAGUUGAUUGGACAUGAUUUGGAAAGGCACACACCUGUCUAUAUAAGGUCCCACAGUAAACAGUGCAUGUCAGAGUACAAACCAAGCCAUGAAGUCCAAGGAAUUGUCUGUAGACCUCGAGACAGGAUUGUAUCGAGACACAGAUCUGGGGAAGGGUACAGAAAAAUUUCUGCAGCAUUGAAGGUCCCAAUGAGCACAGUGGCAUCCAUCAUCCGUAAAUGGAAGAAGUUUGGAACUACCAGGACUCUUCCUAGAGCUGGCCGCCUAGCCAAACUGAGCGAUCGAGGGUGAAGGGCCUUAGUCAGGGAGGUGACCAAGAACCCGAUGGUCACUCUGACAGAGCUCCAGCAUUUCUCUGUGGAGAGAGGAGAACCUUCCAGAAGAACAACCAUCUCUGCAGCACUCCACCAAUCAGGCCUGUAUGGUAGAGUGGCCAGACGGAAGCCACUCCUCAGUAAAAGGCACAUGACAGCCUGCCUGGUCUUUGCCAAAAGGCACCUGAAGGACUCUCAGACCAUGAGAAACAAAAAUUGAACUCUUUGGCCUGAAUGGCAAGCGUCAUGUCUGGAGGAAACCAGGCACCGCUCAUCACCUGGCCAAUACCAUCCCUACAGUGAAGCAUGGUGGUGGCAGCAUCAUGCUGUGGGGAUGUUUUUCAGCGGCAGGAACUGGGAGACUAGUCAGGAUCGAGGGAAAGAUGAAUGCAGCAAUGUACAGAGACAUCCUUGAUGAAAACCUGCUCCAGAGCACUCUGGACCUCAGACUGGGGCGAAGGUUCAUCUUCCAACAGGACAAUGACCCUAAGCACACUAAGCCAAGAUAACAAAGGAGUGGCUCCGGGACAACUCUGUGAAUGUCCUUGAGUGGCCCAGCCAGAGCCCAGACUUGAACCCGAUUGAACAUCUCUGGAGAGAUCUGAAAAUGGCUGUGCACCGACGCUCCCCAUCCAACCUGAUGGAGCUUGAGAGGUCCUGCAAAGAAGAAUGGGAGAAACUGCCCCAAAAUAGGUGUUGCAAGCUUGUAGCAUCAUACUCAAAAAGAUUUGAGGCUGUAAUUGGUGCCAAAGGUGCUUCAACAAAGUAUUGAGCAAAGGCUGUGAAUACUUAUGUACAUGUAAUUUGUUUCGUUUUUUAUUUUUAAUAAAUUUGCAAAGAUUUCAAAGAAACUUCUUUCACAUUGUCAUUAUGGGGUAUUGUUUGUAGAAUUUUGAGGAAAAUAAUGAAUUUAAUCCAUUUUGGAAUAAGGCUGUAACAUAACAAAAUGUGGAAAAAGUGAAGCGCUGUGAAUACUUUCCGGAUGCAAUGUAAUUUUUCUGUGUAGUGUUUUGAUACCUCCUGCAUACUUUCAUUUAAAGCCCAAGAAAUCUUGUAUUAUGUAACAACAAAGUUGAGUACCAUCUUCCAGAAGAGUAUUUUUCUAUACAAUGACUCGAGACUUAAAUCACCAUAUAGUUAUUUGAGACAUGAAUAUACAGUAGCAUAAGUACAACUGUUUUUACUUCAAUAUAUUACUUUGUAAUAGUGGACUUUCUGUUGUUUAUUGAUGAUUAAAAAAUAAUGGAUCUGCUUAA